CACACACAGUUUCAAUUGUGGUCUUAAGAUGUAAGGAAGUCAGAGAUUUUUUAAGCGGGAAAAACGACAAGUGUUGUCUCAUUGCCAAAGAGUUUACCAACCACAACAAAAACAUUCAUUGAUUUUGAAAGAAAAAUUCCGGUUUUGUUGUCUUAUUUUUUUUUUGAAACGAAAAAUGAAAGCAGAUGAAGCGUUUAAAAGUUGCUUUAAAAAUGCACGAGAAAAACUGAAACUAAAGUCGGAUACCUUGGAUAAAAUAUGUACAUUUAUGGCAGAACUUUUGGGUACAGCCAUCAUGAUCUUUUUGGGCUGUAUGGGUUGUGUGAGCACCGAUUUCUUCCCCAAUAGUAACCUGCAAAUGUGUUUGAGUUUCGGUUUUGUGGUCAUGGUGGUGAUACAAUGUUUUGGUUGUGUCUCUGGGGCUCAUUUGAAUCCAGCUGUUUCCAUUGCCGCCUAUAUUUAUGGAAUAAUUUCAGCACCCAUGGUUGGGGUCUACUUCUGUGGCCAGAUGUUGGGAAGUAUCAUAGGGUAUGGUUUGCUGAAGAUUGCGUUGCCUGAAAGUGCCUUAAAUACCUUCUCGAGUGGAUUGUGUGUAACAACCCCCCAUCCAGAUGUGACUGCUGGACAAGCUUGCCUAGUAGAAUUCGUAAUAAGCGCAGUUUUGAUUAUCACUUGUUGUGGUGUCUGGGAUCCACGAAAUGCAAAAUAUCAAGAUUCUGUGCCAAUUAAGUUUGGCUUGGCCAUAGCAUGUUUGGCUUUGACGGCUGGUCCCUUUACCGGUGCCAGUAUGAACCCAGCCCGUUCCUUUGGUCCUGCAUUGUGGAACAACAACUUCACGAGGCAUUGGGUUUAUUGGAUUGGUCCUUUGCCUGCUGCCAUAAUCACAGCAUUCGCUUAUAAAAUGGUUUUCAGACGUGAGGUCAAGGCUGAAACCGUCCAUCAUAAAUUGCGAAGCUUGGAAGAUGUUCCAUUGUCUUAAUAUUUUUCAUCAGAGUAGUAUAAAUUAAUUAUUUACAAUUCAUAUUAUUUAUGAUAAGGAUCGUAUUCGAUAUUUAUAUAGGAAAAUAUACAUGUCAUUUAUAGUAAAAU